GCUUCCCGCUGACUGCGAGUCAUGAAGCCCGUCAAACAUACGAGGCAGGGCCGCGCUCGAAGUUGGGACGGGGGCGUCUGUUGCCGGAGCAUCGACGAUAUCGAGGCUGCGUGACCACAGAUAUGCUCACAAUACCAUUUUUAUGCGCGUCGUCAGCCGAGUGAGCGGGAUUUAGUUAUUCGAGACGAGGGACUUAGUUAUUCAAGUAAAAGGCAACUCUCCCUUUGAUCAGACUGAGGAUGAUUUUUUCUAAUACUGGAAACCCACUAAGGACUCAGUUUCGCAAACAGUCACCAGUUAGCCUCCUCUCUCAUCCCAUGGCUCCACCCAGCCCAAGUAACAACAGCAGCACCACCAACAACAGCAGCAGUAGUAGCACUGCAGGCUGGGAUCAACUCAGCAAGACCAACCUCUACAUCCGAGGCUUGUCCCCAUCCAUGACGGACCAUGACCUGGUCAAACUCUGUCAGCCCUAUGGCAAAAUUGUCUCAACAAAGGCCAUCCUGGACAAGACGACCAACACGUGCAAAGGUUAUGGCUUUGUGGAUUUUGAUAGUCCCACUGCAGCUCAGAAAGCCGUGGCUGCCCUAAAGAGCAGUGGAGUUCAAGCUCAGAUGGCAAAGCAACAAGAACAAGACCCAACCAACUUGUAUAUCUCCAACCUGCCACUGUCGAUGGACGAGCAGGAGCUGGAGAACAUGCUGAAGCGCUUUGGCCAGGUCAUAUCAACACGCAUCUUGAGGGACUCGAGCGGAGCCAGCAGAGGAGUGGGCUUUGCCAGGAUGGAGUCGACCGAAAAAUGCAACGCCGUCAUUUCUCACUUCAACGGCAAAUACAUCAAGACGCCCGCCGGUGUACCGGCACCUGCUGAACCUUUGCUCUGCAAAUUUGCCGACGGUGGGCAGAAAAAGCGACAAAGCCAAAACAAGUUUGUGCACAAUGGUCGAGGUUGGCUCAGAGAUGGAAACACCAGACUGGCUGGUAUGACACUCACGUACAAUCCCAGCGCAGCCGCAAUGCAAAACGAAUUCUUCCCACCGGCGUACAGCAUUUCAAACAGGAUGAUUGCUCACAUGCCCUUGUCCACGUACAUGUCUCCGGUUUCAGCAUAUCAGGUGCAGAACCCGUCAUGGAUGCCUCAUCAGCCCUACAUCAUGCAGCACCCUGGUGCAGUCAUAUCGCCCUCUAUGGAGCCAUCACUGUCAUUGCAGCCUACGUCCCUGAUGACUCCCUUGGCACAGCAAAUGAGUCAUAUGUCUUUGGGCAAUGCAGGAGCGUUCUUGGGAGCCACCCCUCCCAUGCCCACUGCUUACAUCCCUCAGUACACGCACAUGCAGCCAGCAGCUGUUCCCGCAGAAGUAAGUGUAUCGCCGUCCAAAAGCGAACCUUUUUUUUGGGGCAAAAUAGUUCAUCUCGCCGGUGCUCUCUUUUAGGAAAACGGAGUGGCGCCUCAGGUGGACACACCCGGCAGCGCUCCGUCGUACGCCUACCAACAAGCCAAGUAGUGCGGACGAUUGGCCAGAGCAAUCAUACAAAAACGCUACAGAUCCUUCACUGCUUUGCACUGGUUUUGCAAUGUCGUGAAGCCAUUUUUACAAGAGUUCAAAAACUCCUACUACUAAAGAAGACGUUUUAAAAAGUUAUUUUUAUUUUUUAUUUUCGUACAAGAAAAGGUUUAUUUUUUACCAAAGAUUGCCAGCAAAUACAAGACAACAAAACUGCCUGGUGAUCAUUUUUUUUUGUCUUUUUCAGUUUGAUGGGUUUUUUUGCUUGCUGUGCGAGUGUUGCCAUGGCCAACCAAGUGUUUUGCGUUUUUUUUUUUUUUUUUUCUCCCACCGUGCUAUCGGAUGACGACACAGUUUGCCUUAACAGUUUUACUACAGUGAUUGUUUAGAUUGACACCCCCCCCCCAAAAAAAAAAAGAAGCGAAGGGAUGUUGCUUUGUAAAUGAGCUACGUGGUGUUUUUUUUUUGAGAAGAUGAUGUACUUAGUAUGUGCAGACGCCUGUUCAUUUUGAUGUGAUAUUUAUUUUGAAAGCAAUGCUUCAACGUGGUCUUGGAAAGAUCAUGUUUUGGAUUUGGUUUAAACUAGCUGACGUUAAGUUGGACCGGCAAGGAUUUUCUUUUUUAUGGUAACUUUGGGUUGCCAUUUACAUGAUAGUGUGUCUUUUUCAUUUUUAUUUAACAAGCCAAGAGGAACACGUGGAUUUAGAUUUGUGCACACACAACAAAGCCUCAACAUUGGACUUGGUGAGCGCUAACAGGAGAAAUGCACUGUACCUCAGUUUUUAAUCGGAAACGUACAGUCAGCACUUUGUUUUAUCACCAAAGAGGAGGAGUUUGUAGACUGAGGAAACAGAAUCUGUCUUUUACCGGAAAGGGGGUGACUCUCCGAUUAAGCUUGCAGUAAUGGACUGUGCCUUUCAACAUUUACACUCAGUUUGCUUUUAAUCCAACAAGUGCCACAGACUUAAAAAAUGCAAUAUUAGUUAAUGAGGAUAUAGUGUAAAAUAAAAAGAGUGGUAUGAUCUGACAGCACUACAAGUGGUGCGUUCUUUUGUUUUUAAAAAAAAUAACAUUCUUGAUCAAGGUGCCCUUCUGCUAUUCCAACAAGUGGUCAGUCAGACCAGAUAUCUACCUCAGUUUUUCCGUGUUCCUCAGUUCUAAACCGGGUUAGCAAGUCCACCCCACUUCCCAGACCAAACGCUAAGCUCAGGAGCUGGUCACAGUGUAGUUUGCUUUAGUUGUUUUUUUUUUUUUUAAAAGGAUUUUUCUUCCAAACAUCUUUGUACAUAGUGUCUCCAUUUUCAGGAAGGGUUCAACCGCAAGCUUCUUACUUUGGUAAACAACUGCUACUUUCAUCUCAGUGGUUCCAAGGACAAUAGGUUUGGUCACCCAGUCAUGGGUGGAGACAAACUCACAAGCAGCAGUUGUUGUUGUUGGGUGUCAAGUGGAACAGGCUAUGCUCAAGGUUUCUGCAUCACGCUCGAGACUCAGAACCGAGACUGUUUUGUGAGUUAAUGCUGCUAGUGGCAUCCGAACCAAGUGCCAUAGUAUCGGGGGCGCAAAAUGCAGAAAUGCAUCAAAAGAAAAACUGCUCAUAUAAGCAGCCAUCAUGUUGAACAGUCAUUAGGUUGUAUGAAAACAAAGUUCUAAUUUAUAAAGAUUUGUUUUGUACAGAAAGAUUGAGGAAGAGGUUUAUGAUGGGUUUUUUUUUCGUACCACACACUUGCCUGUGGUGAUUUGGUUGUACCGUUAAAAGGCGAUUGUCUGUUUGGUCGUGUUUGUUAAGGCCAAAUUUGUUUCCCUCUAGAUUUCUGCCUCAGGUUUUUUUUUUUUUUUUUUUUAAAUAAAGAAAACUGAUUUUUUUUUAAAAUGUGUAUUCUGGUGGAGUUUGUAAAUAAGAAAUUUAUUAAGUUAUUUAAUCACUGACCAAAUUGUGAAAUAAUUUAUUAAAAGCAUUUUAAUCAAG